AAAAACUCUGCAAACAACUGACAUCUCAAAACGGGAGGCAAAUAAAAGGAAGAAAACGGGAAGAAACUGAACUAAACUGACCGGGGGGUGUGUGAUGGCACGAUGGUUGGGUGUGAGUUGGUUGGUGGUGGGUGGUGGGUUGGAGUCCGUCCGUCCGUCCGUGAGUGAACGCCCCGAUGACUCACUCGGGAGGCGAGGCGAAACCGGAAGGAGACUGGCCCGAUUCAAGACCACCCUAGGACUGACCAAGCAGGCACCACACGCCGGGUUGGCUCCGUCGCUCGGCAACGUUGUUUUUUUGUCUUCCGCUGGGGGCCUCAGGUUUCAGGGGACUACAGAUCUUUUGAGUAAUCCGUUAGAAAGCAAGUGGUGGUGAGUGAGCAGCAGAUUCCCACCAGGUGAAGCCAAACCACGAAUUUGUCGAGGACAGCGAGGACAAACAAACAUGCUCCGUUCAAAGCGGGAGUGUCCUGAGAAUCAAGUUUCAGAAAGGGCUCAAAUAAAGCCACGGCGUCCACCCGCUCGAGGG